AUGACUUCAAUCUCGUUUGAAGCUGCUCUCAAGCUGCCCGACAAAGACGCGUCCAAUAUACAUCUCUACAAACUUGUCUCUGCACGCGACUUCAGCAGCUCUGGUCUUUCUUCAGUCGCGCAGGACUAUCUGAGUAGUUUCUGCGAUCCUGGUCUUUCUAUUAUCCGGCGGCGAUGGAUCGGCAUCGCGCUCGCAGGCAUGCUGGAAAUGCCGGCGGUGGCCACACACAUCGGGGCAUCGACUAAGCGUCUACGGAGUCUGGGAGCUAUCAUCCUAAGCGGCACUGAGCAAGAACAGAUCAAAAUUAUUGCUGGUAUUAUCAUACGGCAAGCACUGGAGCAAGGGAUCGAGUAUAGCCGGUUCUGGUCCACGGAAAAAGUCAGACACAGCGCGCCGAAUUUUCCACUCGAGGCCGAUGCGGAAUGGAUGCAGAAGUUCCAGGGCUUUCUUGACAUUCUGAGCGACCUGGCACUCGCGAGACCAACCGGCGAGCCCUCUGUCAUGUACCUAGUCUCACUAUUCGCCACAGAUGGGUUCAAAUGGCGGGAGUCAAGCGCUACGUUUCCUAUCGCGCUCGUCGAGGCUGGAGUGCUGACCAUCAUCGCGCCCGACGAGCACCUGAAAGAUUGCCGGUUUAUAGACAUACCAGUCGAGCACAUUUUGAACACGCGAUCAGAACCGUCGAAACUACACAGCUCACAGGCUCAGCGUACAAAGCAUGAACCGUGGGAUCUCGUCAUGACACUCACAUCUGAACCCUGGAGCUACCGUCUUAAUUCCACGCAACGCAUUGCGACUGACCUAUCGCUGAUGUUCAAGCAUUCGGGCGACGCAUUAGAGUGGGAGAGUUGCAUCAAAGCCCAUGAGAAAGGACGUGAGCCUCGUUUGAGAGUAUCUCGAAGCUUGCCCCUCGAUGCGAGCUCGCCUUCGAUCCGACAGUCAAACGCAAGAAAAUCGCUUCGAAGUGGCUCCCAGACGCUUCGGACAAAGCGCGUCACUUCCAAGAAACUUACCGCAGACAGUAGCGAUGCGACUGCUCUGCAAUUCCAGUCACAGCAUCCGUCGUCGACAUCGAAACGCAUGUACGGCAAGGGAAAGCUACCCCGUGUAUCUCAGGCCACCAAACAAGAUGUCUUCAGAAAGUUCAACCCGGAAGACGAAGCUCUCGAUGUGCUUAUAGAAAGCAAGAGGGAUGUCCACACUACUUCUUCGAACACAUCGAGUGUUGCUUCAUCUCCCCAAAGAGAAUCCCGAAGCUCAAAGGCUGCCUCGGACAAGGAACCAGCCAAGUCUAAGACUAAGGCCCGCACAUCGCAUGACAAGAAUGAAGCAGACGACGAUGAAGAUUUUAUACCAAGUCAGACGAGACCGAAAAAGAGGACGAAUCCCAAACGCAAAGCAACACCAGACCCCAUGGCCGAUGACAACUCGAGAAAGAGAUCCCGUAAAGAGCCGAACAAGGGCACGAAGUCGACUGUGACCGGUGCAAAACAACACGCGAAGUCUCAUCCGCUUGCAAAACCAUCGAAACCUCCGUCAUCCAUCCCUUCGUCACGACACACCUUGAUCGGAGGACUUCUGGGUCUUCAAAGGCCUGCCAAGAUCUCCGAGAGCCCAUCAAGAAGCCAACACUACCGGCAAGAGUCGCUCAAACACCGUCAACUCCUACCAAACCAAGUAGAAAGCUUGUGGGAGUACCAGUGCGGCCACAAACCCCUGUAG